AACAGCUAGAGUCGUUGCGUUUUCGUUAUGCUGUAAGUAAGUCUUAUUACUAUACGAACGAACUGUAAUAUGGUUUUAAUUUUUAAAUAUAACCAGCGAUAAACGAAAAAAUGCAGAUAUGGAUCACGUUUAUAUUGAUAAAUAUAAUACAUCAGACUCACGUGUCCGCAGCCCCAGUUGAUUCAAGUUUUGCUAAAAUUGCAGACACAAUUAUUAACCCAGCAUGGAUAAAAAAUAACCCUGAUUCACCAAAAAAGAAUGGUGAAAAUAUACCAAUAGACGGUGAAAUAGACGAUUCAAAUACAAAAAAUAAGAAGAAAAAUAAUUCUCGUAGAAAAAAUAAAACAAGCGGUAAGAAACGCAAUAAUAAUAAAACAAGAAAUAAUAGAAGAAGAAAUAAUACUGGACAUAAUGGAAGAUACUUAUGGUACAGUGUGUUUACAGUGGAUGAAUUAUUAGUUAAUUUACCAGAAUAUAGAAAUCAUGAAGAUGAACAGAAGAUUGUAUUGAUAUGGGACGAUAAACGAAAGAUUGUACAGAACGAGCAUGUAGACGCAUUAUCAAUGUACAAUUUAAAUAAUAAUCAAUUAAUACGACAAAAAAGAGAUAAUAUAUUAGAACUUCAAGAUAAUAUAUUAAAAAAAAAAUAUAUUAAUCAACACGAUUGGGAGGAAAAUGAAAAUAGCAUGAGCAGUAAUAGUAAUGAGAAUAUUAAAGAAAACAUGGAGUUUUUAAAUUUAAGAAACUCAAACACUAAUAAAUUAAAGAACAUAUUAAAAAAUAGAAAACAACCAACAAAUACAAUUAGAAAUGAAAUAAGUCGACCAAGCCAUGCACAAGGUUUGGGUAUACCUUUGGGAGCUGAUAUUAGUGAAAAAGAAGAAUCACAGCUGAAAAUUAUUGAAGAAAAUCCACAAAAAAUAAAUGCUAAAACAACAUUAUCAAAUGACAAACCAGAAUUAAUUAUUGGAGAAAACACCAGUAUUGACAAAAAUACUCCAGAAAUUGAAAAAAUUGAUACGUUAAUAAAUGAAAUGAACUCAAAUUCAAACCAAAGUGCAGAUUAUGAGCAAGAUUCUAAAUCAUAUCCAUUAUCAAUAGAAACAAAAAAUAAAAUUACAAAUUACAGCUACAUCGAAGAAAAUAAACAACACGAUAUAAUAAAAAAUAUUAAACAUCAGUUUAAGCCUAAAACAAGAAAAUUAGAAAAAAAACAGCCUAAAAAUAACGAUGAAGGAACACUACAAACAAGAUUUACACUAAAUGCCCCCAGUAAAAAUGAUCAAAAAACGCCAUCAAUACCAGAACAUAAAAUAGAAGGAAACACUGACAUUGCUAAAAACAUACCUACAAACGAUGAAAUUGAAACGUUAUUGAACGCAUUGAAUUCAAAUUCACAAGAGAAUUCAUCUAGUGAAAAUUCGGAUUUAAGCACAUCAUCAUUAGAAAAACAACAAGAUAUACUAGAUUUAAGCGAUCUUGGAGAUAAUAAAGAAAAGAAUUUAUUAAAAAGUAUAAAACAACCUUCAAAACCUAUAUCGAAAAUAGAAGGGAAAACACUGUUGGAAAAUAACGAAAAACUACCAGAGAUAUAUGAAAAAUACUUAAAUAACCCAUCAGAAACAAAUACAAAAAACAAAAAAGGAUCUCAACAAAUAGGUAAUACACCAUCCUCUCUGAGUAUAAAUAAUCAACAAACACCAUCAAUUAACGUACCAGGACAUAUUACACCAGAACAUACUGACAUUUCUCAAAACAUACCAUCAAAUGUUGAAAUUGAAACAUUAAUGAAUGCAAUAAAUUUAAAUUCAGAAGAAGGUACAGAUGAUCAAAAUUCUGAACCAUAUUCAUCAUCGUUAGAAAUAAAACAAGAAAUUCCAAAUUACAGCGAUGACGAAAAUAAUAAACAACACGAUAUUUUAAAAAAUAUAGAAACUCCAUUUAAGCUUAAACCAAGAAAACUAGGGAAAAUACGGCCUAAAAAUAACGAUAAAGGAACACUACAAACAAGAUUUACACCGAAUGCCCCCAGUAAGAAUUAUCAAAAAACGGCAUCAAUAGACAUACCAGAACAUAAAACAGAAGGAACCACUGACAUUUCUCAAAACAUACCAUCAAAUGUUGAAAUUGAAACAUUAAUGAAUGCAAUAAAUUUAAAUUCAGAAGAAGGUACAGAUGAUCAAAAUUCUGAACCAUAUUCAUCAUCGUUAGAAAUAAAACAAGAAAUUCCAAAUUACAGCGAUGACGAAAAUAAUAAACAACACGAUAUUUUAAAAAAUAUAGAAACUCCAUUUAAGCUUAAACCAAGAAAACUAGGGAAUAUACGGCCUAAAAAUAACGAUAAAGGAACACUACAAACAAGAUUUACACCGAAUGCCCCCAGUAAGAAUUAUCAAAAAACGGCAUCAAUAGACAUACCAGAACAUAAAACAGAAGGAACCACUGACAUUUCUCAAAACAUACCAUCAAAUGUUGAAAUUGAAACAUUAAUGAAUGCAAUAAAUUUAAAUUCAGAAGAAGGUACAGAUGAUCAAAAUUCUGAACCAUAUUCAUCAUCGUUAGAAAUAAAACAAGAAAUUCCAAAUUACAGCGAUGACGAAAAUAAUAAACAACACGAUAUUUUAAAAAAAAUAGAAACUCCAUUUAAGCCUAAAACAAGAAAACUAGGAAAAAUACGGCCUAAAAAUAACGAUAAAGGAACACUACAAACAAGAUUUACACCGAAUGCCCCCAGUAAGAAUUAUCAAAAAACGGCAUCAAUAGACAUACCAGAACAAAACACAGAAGGAAACACUGACAAUGCCAAAAAUAUACACGUGAAUGAUGAAAUUGAUACAUUAAUAAAUAUAAUGCAUUCUAAUUUGGAAGAGGAUUCAAUUGGUCAAAAUUCGGAUUCAAAUCCGUCAUCAUUAGACAAACAACAGUAUAUCUUAGAUUUCAGCGAUCUCGGAGAUAAUAAAGGAAAGAAUUUAUUAAAAAGCAUAAAACAACCAUUAAAACCUUUAUCGAAAAUGCAAGAAAAAAAAUUGUUAGAAAAUAACGAAAAACUGCCAGGAAUUUACAAACAAAAGUUUAACAACUCAUUGGAAAUAAAUAAAAAAGACGAAGAAGGACCUCAACAGAAGACUUUAACUCUAAUCACACAAAAUUUAGAUCAAGAUAAAAUUAAAUCAACUCCUGCAUAUGAUAAUUUUAAAUCUAAUAUCAUACAAAAAAAAAAAUCAAUAAAAACGCCAGAUUUAAUGGAUACAAUUGAUCAAGAAACAACUAAUACAAUAGAAGAAAUUUCAAUAGAAAUCCCUUUAGAUGAUUUCGGCGAUUCGGAUGGUUUGCAAGAUCAAAAUAACACAAGAGGUAUGACAAUGAAGGGCGCGGCUAUGGGGAACAUGAAAGAUAAAUCUCCUUCAUCGGUAUUGAAUAAUAAGAAUAAAAAGGAUCAUAAAGACGGCCACCAGAAAAUUAAUCAAAAUCCAAAUAGAAACAUACACAAAACCAGUAUAAAAAAAAGUAAAUCGAUAAAAACACCGGAUUUAAUUGAUACAACAGUUCCUAAAUCAACCGAGAAAGUCAUCGAAUUGACAACAGAAACGCCUUUAAAUGAUAAUGAUGUAUUGAAUCCUUUAGGGGAAUACAAUAAAUUAGGAGGAUUUACAAUGGAGGAUGCUGCUUUGGAAAUAAUAAAAGAUGAAACCCCUUCUUCGACAUUGAAUUAUAAUAGCAUGAAGGACCAUGAUGACAGUCUCCAAGUAACAAACCAGCCUAUGUUAAUGAAACCAAAUACAGUGAACCCUAAUACAGAACACAAUGAAGACGUUCAUAUAAAUAUUGACGAAGUUCCUAAGAGUGGUUUUGAUGGUAAUGAGAAAAAAAAAUUCGUCGAAAAAUUUGGUUCAAAUUCUCUUGCUGAUUUGUUUGGUGGUUCAUUAGAUUUUAAUGAAGAAGAUUUGUCUGAACCAAGCAUAAAUAAGAAAAAAGUUAUUCCAAUAUCUAAACCAAAUAAUGUUAUAAAGAACGUAGAAGAUGAAAAAUUGCAACCAAUUCAGACAAAUAAUGAUAAUAAAUCAAAUAUUAUACAAAAAAGUAAAUCGAUAAAAACACCGGAUUUAAUUGAUACAACAGUUCCUAAAUCAACCGAGAAAGUCAUCGAAUUGACAACAGAAACGCCUUUAAAUGAUAAUGAUGUAUUGAAUCCUUUAGGGGAAUACAAUAAAUUAGGAGGAUUUACAAUGGAGGAUGCUGCUUUGGAAAUAAUAAAAGAUGAAACCCCUUCUUCGACAUUGAAUUAUAAUAGCAUGAAGGACCAUGAUGACAGUCUCCAAGUAACAAACCAGCCUACGUUAAUGAAACCAAAUACAGUGAACCCUAAUACAGAACACAAUGAAGACGUUCAUAUAAAUAUUGACGAAGUUCCUAAGAGUGGUUUUUAUGGUAAUGAGAAAAAAAAAUUCGUCGAAAAAUUUGGUUCAAAUUCUCUUGCUGAUUUGUUUGGUGGUUCAUUAGAUUUUAAUGAAGAAGAUUUGUCUGAACCAAGCAUAAAUAAGAAAAAAGUUAUUCCAAUAUCUAAACCAAAUAAUGUUAUAAAGAACGUAGAAGAUGAAAAAUUGCAACCAAUUCAGACAAAUAAUGAUAAUAAAUCAAAUAUUAUACAAAAAAGUAAAUCGAUAAAAACACCGGAUUUAAUUGAUACAACAGUUCCUAAAUCAACCGAGAAAGUCAUCGAAUUGACAACAGAAACGCCUUUAAAUGAUAAUGAUGUAUUGAAUCCUUUAGGGGAAUACAAUAAAUUAGGAGGAUUUACAAUGGAGGAUGCUGCUUUGGAAAUAAUAAAAGAUGAAACCCCUUCUUCGACAUUGAAUUAUAAUAGCAUGAAGGACCAUGAUGACAGUCUCCAAGUAACAAACCAGCCUACGUUAAUGAAACCAAAUACAGUGAACCCUAAUACAGAACACAAUGAAGACGUUCAUAUAAAUAUUGACGAAGUUCCUAAGAGUGGUUUUUAUGGUAAUGAGAAAAAAAAAUUCGUCGAAAAAUUUGGUUCAAAUUCUCUUGCUGAUUUGUUUGGUGGUUCAUUAGAUUUUAAUGAAGAAGAUUUGUCUGAACCAAGCAUAAAUAAGAAAAAAGUUAUUCCAAUAUCUAAACCAAAUAAUGUUAUAAAGAACGUAGAAGAUGAAAAAUUGCAACCAAUUCAGACAAAUAAUGAUAAUAAAUCAAAUAUUAUACAAAAAAGUAAAUCGAUAAAAACACCGGAUUUAAUUGAUACAACAGUUCCUAAAUCAACCGAAAAAGUCGUCGAAUUGACAACAGAAACGCCUUUAAAUGAUAAUGAUGUAUUGAAUCCUUUAGGGGAAUACAAUAAAUUAGGAGGAUUUACAAUGGAGGAUGCUGCUUUGGAAAUAAUAAAAGAUGAAACCCCUUCUUCGACAUUGAAUUAUAAUAGCAUGAAGGACCAUGAUGACAGUCUCCAAGUAACAAACCAGCCUAUGUUAAUGAAACCAAAUACAGUGAACCCUAAUACAGAACACAAUGAAGACGUUCAUAUAAAUAUUGACGAAGUUUCUAAGAGUGGUUUUGAUGGUAAUGAGAAAAAAAAAUUCGUCGAAAAAUUUGGUUCAAAUUCUCUUGCUGAUUUGUUUGGUGGUUCAUUAGAUUUUAAUGAAGAAGAUUUGUCUGAACCAAGCAUAAAUAAGAAAAAAGUUAUUCCAAUAUCUAAACCAAAUAAUGUUAUAAAGAACGUAGAAGAUGAAAAAUUGCAACCAAUUCAGACAAAUAAUGAUAAUAAAUCAAAUAUUAUACAAAAAAGUAAAUCGAUAAAAACACCGGAUUUAAUUGAUACAACAGUUCCUAAAUCAACCGAGAAAGUCAUCGAAUUGACAACAGAAACGCCUUUAAAUGAUAAUGAUGUAUUGAAUCCUUUAGGGGAAUACAAUAAAUUAGGAGGAUUUACAAUGGAGGAUGCUGCUUUGGAAAUAAUAAAAGAUGAAACCCCUUCUUCGACAUUGAAUUAUAAUAGCAUGAAGGACCAUGAUGACAGUCUCCAAGUAACAAACCAGCCUAUGUUAAUGAAACCAAAUACAGUGAACCCUAAUACAGAACACAAUGAAGACGUUCAUAUAAAUAUUGACGAAGUUCCUAAGAGUGGUUUUGAUGGUAAUGAGAAAAAAAAAUUCGUCGAAAAAUUUGGUUCAAAUUCUCUUGCUGAUUUGUUUGGUGGUUCAUUAGAUUUUAAUGAAGAAGAUUUGUCUGAACCAAGCAUAAAUAAGAAAAAAGUUAUUCCAAUAUCUAAACCAAAUAAUGUUAUAAAGAACGUAGAAGAUGAAAAAUUGCAACCAAUUCAGACAAAUAAUGAUAAUAAAUCAAAUAUUAUACAAAAAAGUAAAUCGAUAAAAACACCGGAUUUAAUUGAUACAACAGUUCCUAAAUCAACCGAGAAAGUCAUCGAAUUGACAACAGAAACGCCUUUAAAUGAUAAUGAUGUAUUGAAUCCUUUAGGGGAAUACAAUAAAUUAGGAGGAUUUACAAUGGAGGAUGCUGCUUUGGAAAUAAUAAAAGAUGAAACCCCUUCUUCGACAUUGAAUUAUAAUAGCAUGAAGGACCAUGAUGACAGUCUCCAAGUAACAAACCAGCCUACGUUAAUGAAACCAAAUACAGUGAACCCUAAUACAGAACACAAUGAAGACGUUCAUAUAAAUAUUGACGAAGUUCCUAAGAGUGGUUUUUAUGGUAAUGAGAAAAAAAAAUUCGUCGAAAAAUUUGGUUCAAAUUCUCUUGCUGAUUUGUUUGGUGGUUCAUUAGAUUUUAAUGAAGAAGAUUUGUCUGAACCAAGCAUAAAUAAGAAAAAAGUUAUUCCAAUAUCUAAACCAAAUAAUGUUAUAAAGAACGUAGAAGAUGAAAAAUUGCAACCAAUUCAGACAAAUAAUGAUAAUAAAUCAAAUAUUAUACAAAAAAGUAAAUCGAUAAAAACACCGGAUUUAAUUGAUACAACAGUUCCUAAAUCAACCGAAAAAGUCGUCGAAUUAACAACAGAAACGCCUUUAAAUGAUAAUGAUGUAUUGAAUCCUUUAGGGGAAUACAAUAAAUUAGGAGGAUUUACAAUGGAGGAUGCUGCUUUGGAAAUAAUAAAAGAUGAAACCCCUUCUUCGACAUUGAAUUAUAAUAGCAUGAAGGACCAUGAUGACAGUCUCCAAGUAACAAACCAGCCUAUGUUAAUGAAACCAAAUACAGUGAACCCUAAUACAGAACACAAUGAAGACGUUCAUAUAAAUAUUGACGAAGUUCCUAAGAGUGGUUUUGAUGGUAAUGAGAAAAAAAAAUUCGUCGAAAAAUUUGGUUCAAAUUCUCUUGCUGAUUUGUUUGGUGGUUCAUUAGAUUUUAAUGAAGAAGAUUUGUCUGAACCAAGCAUAAAUAAGAAAAAAGUUAUUCCAAUAUCUAAACCAAAUAAUGUUAUAAAGAACGUAGAAGAUGAAAAAUUGCAACCAAUUCAGACAAAUAAUGAUAAUAAAUCAAAUAUUAUACAAAAAAGUAAAUCGAUAAAAACACCGGAUUUAAUUGAUACAACAGUUCCUAAAUCAACCGAGAAAGUCAUCGAAUUGACAACAGAAACGCCUUUAAAUGAUAAUGAUGUAUUGAAUCCUUUAGGGGAAUACAAUAAAUUAGGAGGAUUUACAAUGGAGGAUGCUGCUUUGGAAAAAUUGAACCCUAAUACAGAACACAAUGAAGACGUUCAUAUAAAUAUUGACGAAGUUUCUAAGAGUGGUUUUGAUGGUAAUGAGAAAAAAAAAUUCGUCGAAAAAUUUGGUUCAAAUUCUCUUGCUGAUUUGUUUGGUGGUUCAUUAGAUUUUAAUGAAGAAGAUUUGUCUGAACCAAGCAUAAAUAAGAAAAAAGUUAUUCCAAUAUCUAAACCAAAUAAUGUUAUAAAGAACGAAGAAGAUGAAAAAUUGCAACCAAUUCAGACAAAUAAUGAUAUUAAAUCAAAUAUUAUACAAAAAAGUAAAUCGAUAAAAACACCGGAUUUAAUUGAUACAACAGUUCCUAAAUCAACCGAAAAAGUCGUCGAAUUAACAACAGAAACGCCUUUAAAUGAUAAUGAUGUAUUGAAUCCUUUAGGGGAAUACAAUAAAUUAGGAGGAUUUACAAUGGAGGAUGCUGCUUUGGAAAUAAUAAAAGAUGAAACCCCUUCUUCGACAUUGAAUUAUAAUAGCAUGAAGGACCAUGAUGACAGUCUCCAAGUAACAAACCAGCCUAUGUUAAUGAAACCAAAUACAGUGAACCCUAAUACAGAACACAAUGAAGACGUUCAUAUAAAUAUUGACGAAGUUCCUAAGAGUGGUUUUGAUAGUAAUGAGAAAAAAAAAUUCGUCGAAAAAUUUGGUUCAAAUUCUCUUGCUGAUUUGUUUGGUGGUUCAUUAGAUUUUAAUGAAGAAGAUUUGUCUGAACCAAGCAUAAAUAAGAAAAAAGUUAUUCCAAUAUCUAAACCAAAUAAUGUUAUAAAGAACGUAGAAGAUGAAAAAUUGCAACCAAUUCAGACAAAUAAUGAUAAUAAAUCAAAUAUUAUACAAAAAAGUAAAUCGAUAAAAACACCGGAUUUAAUUGAUACAACAGUUCCUAAAUCAACCGAGAAAGUCAUCGAAUUGACAACAGAAACGCCUUUAAAUGAUAAUGAUGUAUUGAAUCCUUUAGGGGAAUACAAUAAAUUAGGAGGAUUUACAAUGGAGGAUGCUGCUUUGGAAAUAAUAAAAGAUGAAACCCCUUCUUCGACAUUGAAUUAUAAUAGCAUGAAGGACCUUGAUGACAGUCUCCAAGUAACAAACCAGCCUAUGUUAAUGAAACCAAAUACAGUGAACCCUAAAACAGAACACAAUGAAGACGUUCAUAUAAAUAUUGACGAAGUUCCUAAGAGUGGUUUUGAUGGUAAUGAGAAAAAAAAAUUCGUCGAAAAAUUUGGUUCAAAUUCUCUUGCUGAUUUGUUUGGUGGUUCAUUAGAUUUUAAUGAAGAAGAUUUGUCUGAACCAAUUCCUAAAUCAACCGAAAAAGUCGUCGAAUUAACAACAGAAACGCCUUUAAAUGAUAAUGAUGUAUUGAAUCCUUUAGGGGAAUACAAUAAAUUAGGAGGAUUUACAAUGGAGGAUGCUGCUUUGGAAAUAAUAAAAGAUGAAACCCCUUCUUCGACAUUGAAUUAUAAUAGCAUGAAGGACCAUGAUGACAGUCUCCAAGUAACAAACCAGCCUAUGUUAAUGAAACCAAAUACAGUGAACCCUAAUACAGAACACAAUGAAGACGUUCAUAUAAAUAUUGACGAAGUUCCUAAGAGUGGUUUUGAUGGUAAUGAGAAAAAAAAAUUCGUCGAAAAAUUUGGUUCAAAUUCUCUUGCUGAUUUGUUUGGUGGUUCAUUAGAUUUUAAUGAAGAAGAUUUGUCUGAACCAAGCAUAAAUAAGAAAAAAGUUAUUCCAAUAUCUAAACCAAAUAAUGUUAUAAAGAACGUAGAAGAUGAAAAAUUGCAACCAAUUCAGACAAAUAAUGAUAAUAAAUCAAAUAUUAUACAAAAAAGUAAAUCGAUAAAAACACCGGAUUUAAUUGAUACAACAGUUCCUAAAUCAACCGAGAAAGUCAUCGAAUUGACAACAGAAACGCCUUUAAAUGAUAAUGAUGUAUUGAAUCCUUUAGGGGAAUACAAUAAAUUAGGAGGAUUUACAAUGGAGGAUGCUGCUUUGGAAAUAAUAAAAGAUGAAACCCCUUCUUCGACAUUGAAUUAUAAUAGCAUGAAGGACCAUGAUGACAGUCUCCAAGUAACAAACCAGCCUAUUUCUAAGAGUGGUUUUGAUGGUAAUGAGAAAAAAAAAUUCGUCGAAAAAUUUGGUUCAAAUUCUCUUGCUGAUUUGUUUGGUGGUUCAUUAGAUUUUAAUGAAGAAGAUUUGUCUGAACCAAGCAUAAAUAAGAAAAAAGUUAUUCCAAUAUCUAAACCAAAUAAUGUUAUAAAGAACGUAGAAGAUGAAAAAUUGCAACCAAUUCAGACAAAUAAUGAUAAUAAAUCAAAUAUUAUACAAAAAAGUAAAUCGAUAAAAACACCGGAUUUAAUUGAUACAACAGUUCCUAAAUCAACCGAGAAAGUCAUCGAAUUGACAACAGAAACGCCUUUAAAUGAUAAUGAUGUAUUGAAUCCUUUAGGGGAAUACAAUAAAUUAGGAGGAUUUACAAUGGAGGAUGCUGCUUUGGAAAUAAUAAAAGAUGAAACCCCUUCUUCGACAUUGAAUUAUAAUAGCAUGAAGGACCAUGAUGACAGUCUCCAAGUAACAAACCAGCCUAUGUUAAUGAAACCAAAUACAGUGAACCCUAAUACAGAACACAAUGAAGACGUUCAUAUAAAUAUUGACGAAGUUCCUAAGAGUGGUUUUGAUGGUAAUGAGAAAAAAAAAUUCGUCGAAAAAUUUGGUUCAAAUUCUCUUGCUGAUUUGUUUGGUGGUUCAUUAGAUUUUAAUGAAGAAGAUUUGUCUGAACCAAGCAUAAAUAAGAAAAAAGUUAUUCCAAUAUCUAAACCAAAUAAUGUUAUAAAGAACGUAGAAGAUGAAAAAUUGCAACCAAUUCAGACAAAUAAUGAUAAUAAAUCAAAUAUUAUACAAAAAAGUAAAUCGAUAAAAACACCGGAUUUAAUUGAUACAACAGUUCCUAAAUCAACCGAGAAAGUCGUCGAAUUGACAACAGAAACGCCUUUAAAUGAUAAUGAUGUAUUGAAUCCUUUAGGGGAAUACAAUAAAUUAGGAGGAUUUACAAUGGAGGAUGCUGCUUUGGAAAUAAUAAAAGAUGAAACCCCUUCUUCGACAUUGAAUUAUAAUAGCAAAAAGGAUAACGAUGACAAUUUCCAGAAAAUAAAUGAACCUAAAUUUAUUUAUCCAGUUACAGAAGAAUCUUAUACAAAAUACAAUGUAGGGGAUGUAACAAAAUUUAAGACAUAUACACCUAGUACCACAACAAAUAAUGAAGAAAUUCCAAAGAAUUUGUCUGGUAGUCAUGGAAAUAUAAUGUUAGACGAUAAUAUUAAUUCAAAUCCAAUUGACAAUUUCUUUGGUAGCUCCAUAAGUUUCGAUAAAAUAAAGUUGCCACAACCAGGGUAUAAAGAUAAAGAUGUUAUUACAAAACCAGGUAACAUUUUACCAAAUUUAGAUGAUGUUACAUUGAUAACAACACUUACAGAUGAUGAUAUUAAACCUAAUAGUCUACAAAAAAAUAAAUUCAUUAAAAAGUUGAAUCCUGUGUCAAAUACAGAUUCAAUAAUGUUUGAUUUGAUAGAGCCUACUACGCAAAUUAAUUAUGAUAUAUUAAAGAACGACAAUAAUUUACCUUUGUCAAAAUUACCUUCAAAUGUAAUCGACAAACAUUCAUCGAAUUCAAAUACAAUACAUAAGUAUAAUAAUAAUUUAUUGGAAAACGAUAAAGAUGUUACUUUUAAUCGUAGUUUGAUUACUAACCCUUGUGUUGAAUACAAUUCCAAAGAUUUAUCUUCGUUGGAGGAUGAUGAUCGAUAUGGUUAUAUGUUACCUAAGUUUAGCACAAAAUAUAGUGAAGGAGGUGAAUCAAAUUAUAAUUUAUGGGAAACGAUUCCGCCCAAAAAAAACGAUGAUGUCAGUUCAGAUAAAGGAUAUGAUAAUCUUAUUAAUGAUUUUAAUCAAUCUUCCGAUUUUACUACUAAAAAUAACAAAAUUUCUUCUCAUACUCUUAAUGAAAAUAGUAUUGUGACUGGAACUGAAAGUGUCAAAAACAAUAAUUAUAAUAUUGAUAAAGUCAAUACCGAUAUUCAUAAUAAACAGUACGAUGAUUUAAUUAAAAAAAUGUCUGAACAGUUGUUUAAAAAAAUCGAUAAUAUUGAUGAUAAACUUGCUAAAUUAGAUAAAGUAUCUCAUAAUAGUUCUUAUGUGAGAGAAAUUGGUAAUAUAGGAUCUCAUGAACCAACUAUGAACAAUGUUUUACUAUCAAAUGGUAUCCCUAUUAGUAAACCAGAAAAAGUUAUUAAUAUAGAAGAUUCUUAUUCAAAAACAACUAAACCUUCUAGUCUUGAAAUAAAUACAAGUAAUAAAAGUGAUGAUGAAAAUGAAAUCAACAAAAAUGAAUCUCCAAAAGCAAAGAAACAUAAAAAUAAAAAACAUAAAAGACAUGGCAACAAGAAAAAAGAUGAGAAAAAUAAUACAAGUAAUGAUGAUGACGGUGAAGACGAUGAUGAUGAUGAUGAUGACAAUUAUGAUGGCAAUCGUAAGAAUAAUAAACGUCAUAAGCAUAAAGAUAAACAUAAUGAUGAUGAUGGCAAGCAUAAAAAGAAUAAACGUCAUAAGAAUAAAGAUUUAAAUAAAGAUGAUGACAAGCAUAAAAAGAAUAAACGUCAUAAGAAUAAAGAUUUAAAUAAUGAUGACGAUGGCAAGCAUAAACAGAAUAAACGUCAUAAGAAUAAAGAUAUAAAUAAUGAUGAUGGUGGCAAGCAUAAAAAGAAUAAACGUCAUAAAAAUAAAGAUUUAAAUGAUAAUGAUAAUGGAAAGCAUAAAAAGAAUAAUGGUCAUAAGAAAAAUAAAACAAUUGACGAUGAUAAUGAUAAUGGUGGGCAUAGAAAGAAAAGUCAUAAAAAAACAUAUAAUAAAGUUGAUGAUGAUAUUGUAAGUAAGCAUAAAAAGCAUAAAAGUAAUAAAAAAAAAGAUAGAAAUUAUAAUGAUGUCGAAUUAUUACAAAGUAAAAUAACUGAUAAUAAAAAGAAGAAAAAGAUAAAAGAAAACGUAUAUUCAACCGAGGAAAGUAACGAUGUUAACUAUAGUUCUAGCAUUCAAAUAAACAGUGAAAAUAGUGAUUCUGUAAAAAGAUUAAAAACGACAAGUAGUAAAUCAAAAAUUUCUAAAAAAACUAAUUCAACUAAAAGCAAAAAAUCUCCGCCUAAAAAGAAGUCAAAAUAUGUAAAACAUUCCAAAACUAUAAAGUAUAAAAAUAAAGAGAUUCCUGUAGAUGUCAGUGAUGAAGAUACAAGUUCAAAUGAAAAUAAUUAUAAUUCAGAAAAAACUUAUAUAAAAUAUAUUAGUAAUAAUAAACAAAAUAAUGUACCAAAGGAUAAAAAGCAUAAACAUAAGAAGCAUAAUAAACAUUCAAAAACUAGUAAAACUUAUAUAUAUAAAAAAAUCCCCGGAGAUAAUGAUUCAGAUGAAAAUGGUGUUAAUUUAGAAGAAACCUAUAAUAUAAACAUUAUUAGUGAUGAUGAUGCGCUGAGACAAAAAAAGCAUAGACAUAAAAAAAAGAAGAAUUUUGAUAUUAAUAUUGUUAAAGACACUGACACUGACACUGACACUCAAGUUCUUAAUAACGAUAAAAAACCGCAAACUGGAUAUCAAUUUUACCUACUUUCUCCUCAAUAUCGAUAUGCUACGUUAAACCCAUUUGCAAGACUUUUUUAACUAACUCAUACUUAGGAUAAUAUUAUUUGAUAACAACUUGUAAAAAACCAUGUUAUAAUUGUUCCGUGAAAUCUGUUUUUAACUCAGGUACCUUUUAUUUUAAUACUGACCAAAAUACCAAAUUUAAAACUGCAAAUAUAUUAUUACCAAUGAACACGUAUUCACAUCUGGACUUCAAAAAUAUAUAAUUAAUAAAAUAGAAAUAGAAAGAUAUUAUAAUCUUAUUGUUUAUGAUUUAAAUUAAAUUAGCUAACUUGUACUAGAUUAUUUCCCAAUAUAUUCUUGCUAUAUUAUUAAAACUUGUAUAAUUUAUUUAAAAAAUAUUAAUAUACUGUUUAGUAAUUUAAAUAAAACAUAUUUAAGCAAGUUACGAAUAUGAUAAUAUAUUAUUACAAUUUAAAACACACAAAAAUUCCCUUAAAUAUCUUUUAUGAAUAGUUUUGAAAAACAAGUCGCGUCGCAAAAUUUGUCUAUGAUGAGAGGGGUUACCAUAUAAUAAAUAUAUAUAUAUAUAUAUAUAAUGUUAUUAUUAUAAUAUUACCUAUAUUAAAUGUAAUAUUUCAUAAAAAAAAUCAUUAUACAUGUUUUACUUAUGGGGGGUAAACCUCUAACCUCCCCCCCAUCGGUACGCCACUAUAAUAAACGUAAAUUUUUGCUGUAUGCAAUGCAGUAACGAGUGUGUAUGACGUUCUCUUAAAAGGUUAGGCGUAAUAUUAAAAUUAAUUAAUUUACACUAAUAAGUAUCCAACUAAUAAUUAUUAUUAAAGUAACUCAUUAAAUCUUAUUUUCAUUUAUAAUUAAUAUUAAUAUGAAAAAAAACAACAAUUAAAUAUUGAAAUUACAAAUUAUAGUCUUUAUAAUGACUUCUAUAUACAUUUUUCAUCAUGUAAGAUUAGUUAUUUUGUUACCAAUCAAAAUAUAAAAUAAAUCAAGUAGUUAACUCGAGAGCUAAAUAAAUAGAUAACGAUAUCCAUCAUAUAGCUCGUUCAUGAUAACACACUAGUGGCCUCUCGUAAUUUAGGCUGACUUAUACAUAAUAUAAAUAUAUAAUACUAAAAUUCUGGAUAAGCUUUGAAUGGCGGUUAUACGUCAUUGACGAAUAAAAGUUUAAAAAAACUUUUAUUAUAACAAUACCGUGACUUUAAUUAAGCACAGUAAAAAAACGUGUGAUAUUGUGACCCGUUACGUGUCAAUAGUACAUAAUAAAAAUUAAAAACACUAGAGUAAUAAUAAAUAAUAAUAAUAAUAAUUAAUGACGAUAAACAUAUAGGUAUAUAACAUAAUAUUAAUACUUAUUAGUUAUUAUAUAUUAUUAUAAUAGGUAUAGUUGUAGUGUGCCAAACUCUGUAUAAUUAUCGUUAUAAAAUGAAACACUUGACUGUAGAUUUCUUGUAUUAUUAAUCAAUUAAUAAUGAUGGACGUGAUGGGUUUGUACAACGUGAUAAUAACAAUAUAAUAAAAAUAAUAUAUGUAUGGACGAUAUGGAAACUAUAUAACAAUAAACGCAGCAAUACUUAUAUAAAACAGGUGUAGGUAAUGUAGGUUUUUGGGAUGAGGUGUUAUUUUUUUUUUUAUUUUUUUUUUUUUAUAUUGUCCCAUAAACACAUUAUAUAAUAGUAGGUAGGUAUACAUAUAAAUAGGUAAUAAUUAAUAACA